GCCCCGCCGACCGAGAAGCCAUGCUCUACAGCAGAGGGCUCUGCUUGUUGUCCAGACAAUUGGAUCUGUCUUGACAAUGGUCUGUGUCAUUAUCCGGUACACAAUCUAUAUGAACGUUAUAGUUGUACCGACAAAACCUGGAACUCACCAGGUUGCCCCUCAAAUCUUUGUACCUAUGGUGGCCAAGCCAGUGGAGUCGAGUCGAUAACCCAAUGUUCGAAUCACGAUGAG